AUGGCCUCUCCCAGCCAGACUCAAGGGUCUGGACCAGCCACUCAACCUCUCACUCCCCCCGCCGAAUCCUCCACAGCAAACGGCGUCUCCGCCCCCGCCGCGGCAACCACAACCUCACAAGCAGUCGCGCCCACACCCGCGACUGCACCAACCACAUCAACCGCACAACCCUCACAUGUCCCGGGCACAUCUCUCCAAGACAGUGGCAAGUCGCGACGCCCACGCGAUGUCCGCCUCGUACACAUGCUCCUCGCCUCACUUGGCGUAACAGCUUACCAAGACCGUGUCCCGCUCCAACUUCUCGACUUCGCCUACCGCUACACCUCGAACGUCCUCCAAGAUGCAGUUCACCUGGCUACGGAAGGAUACGCUGCCGCUGUAGGCGAUAGCACCGGUGCAGGCAAGGGCGCGCCAUCUGCCGAAACGAACGGUGUCUCUCUGCCCGCACUUCGACUCAGCAUUGCCUCGCGGUUGCAUUACCAGUUCCAGACGGGUUUGCCCAAGGAGUUCCUUAUGGACGUUGCGUCGGAGCGGAAUCGCAUUGCCUUGCCUGGUGUCUCGAGAGGAUUUGAUGCCGCGGCGGGAGGCGCGAAUGGGGCUGCUGCUGCGGGCACUGCGAAUCAAGGUGUUAUGAUGGCGGGUAUGCGCCUGCCACCAGAGCGCUUCUGCCUUACUGGUACGGGGUGGAAUAUGAAGGAUGAGUGGGAUAGUGAAGGGGAAGAGGAGGAAUUGCCCGAUGAGCCGCAACAGCAGAUUAAGGGACCUGCUGCUGCGGGAGCUGACGAGGACGAGGAAGGAGACGAGGAUGAUGGAGAUGGGAAAAUGGAGGAUAUCUUCGGCGAGGAUACUGCGAUGGGUGAGGCGGGCGAUGGAGACGGCGACCAGAAGAUGGGGGAUGCCUAA